AUGCAGCUUGCGCAGUUUAUUGUACAGCGUCUUCGCCUCGCUAAUGAAGCAAUGAACUCCAAAGUCUUCUCCCAUGUCCCUCUUUCCACCAAUGGCCACCAUAUUAGGCUUGUCAAGAUCAAAGCUGUGCAAGACCAUGGAGCAAAUGAACUCAUGUUGGAUCUAGCCGUCCACCAGUUCACAGACAACAUUGCAUACAACGCGGUGUCAUACGAGUGGGGUAAUGCUGAGGCGGCAGCCCAAAUCCAAAUCAACAAUCAAGCCGUUUCAAUUCGCCAAAAUCUUUACGACUUUCUCGAAAUACUAUCCCAAUCUGCUUAUCAAGAUGAAUGGUUGUUUAUAGAUGCCAUAUGCAUUGAUCAAGGCAAUAUCCUCGAGCGAAAUGCCCAGGUUCAGCGUAUGGGAGAUAUCUACCGACAAGCUCGAGUAGUCCUCGUCUGGCUGGGGCCAGCCACGCCGGAGAGCGAUGUCAUCUUUGACAUGUGCGAGACACAUGUUGUGUCCGCUGAACAUGAUGCUUUAGCAACAAUCAGCUGGGAAGGAGAGAUCGGCGACGCUCUAGACACAAUCUAUCAACGAAGCUACUGGACUCGACUUUGGAUUAUUCAAGAGCUGUUACUCGCAAAGUCAAUCAUUUUCUUUUGCGGUCCAAAGCUUACAACCUGGUCGGUAUUCAGGCGUCUCCCGAGAUCAGUAAAGGGCAUAUUCUACGAAGGGGGCUUCACAGGCAUGGAUAUCAAACUUGGGAGCACACCUCGAGGACGCCACGCCCGGUCUUUACUGGGUGCACUAGAAGAGCGGAGUUCCAAGAAAGAUCGAGCAGAGCAACAGCUUUAUAAGCUGGUUGUUGAUUUUGGAAAUGCAAAAUGUUUGGACAAUCGAGAUCGUGUAUUUGGCCUGCUCGGCCUCGCAGGUCAGAAAUCCACUGAGAGACAAUCACUAGACGUUCUUGCCGACUAUUCGGCAGAGCCUUCUGAACUCUUUGUGCGUCUACUUAGCAAUAUGCCUCGAGAGCUCAACAUCUAUGCCGCUCGAGAUAUUUUCGACAUAUUGCAGCUUUAUACAGAUCUAUCCGUAUUCACCGAAGACGGCCAAAUUGUGAAUAAAACUUCGGCAACAAUCUCAGAGCUGAGCUUCGAAGUCGAUUUUGUCCAUCUCGGACAUCUUAAGCAUGUGUCAGCCUCGACAUGUGAUUGGUGCGAGAUGUGGAAAGAGCGCGAAGACGCAAGAGAGAAGGAUGCUGAAGCUUCUUCAUAUCAGGGCUGCGCGGUUCACGAGAUUCAAGCCGGUAAAUCUCAGACUUCGUGGGCAGCACACAAUGUUGGUCCUUAUCAUGCGGUGUGGCCCAAAGAUUGCUGUGUCGUGAGCAAGGAUACCAGCGUUUGUGAAGGUGAUGACAUCUUUGUGCUUAUGGGUACAAACCUAGCUCUUAUUCAGCAUAUCGAGAAUGAAGCCGAGGUCAGAUUUGAACUGGGGUACAUGGCGUAUACUGGGGACAUUGACAGCAUAACUACAGCUUCACAGAAGCUCGCAAAAUAUCUAUCGAGGCUCCCGAGGAGGGUUGUAGACCUCGGUUGGCUUACUAACAGCUCAGGCAAGAACCUAGAAAAAAAGAUAACGCAGCAAUACACAUUGACAGAUGUCGUGUUAAUUGUCGCGCAUGCAGCUACUCACCACAACCACUGGAGCCAAGAUCUUUAAGAUUCUGACUUGGAGAAGUAAAUCCAAUCAUAGGAAUAGAUAUAUUUGAAAUUGUUAUACUGAAUUUUUG